ACUUGAAUAGACACUCCUGUCCCCGCUGCACCUGUCCCAGGUGAGCAGCUCUCGGGGGUCCUUCCUUCACCUUGCACGCACGCACUGAGUGAUGAGAGGUCGAGUUUGGGCCUGGCAGCGUCCUCUCUCCUGUCCCCUGUACUGUAAAGCCGCACCCAGGAGCCUUUAGAGAGUGUUACAAGAAUGAAUAAUCCUAUACCGUCCAACUUGAGGUCAGAAGCAAAAAAGGCAGCUAAAAUAUUACGAGAAUUUACAGAAAUAACUUCCAGAAAUGGACCUGAUAAGAUCAUACCAGCCAAUGUAAUAGCUAAAGCUAAAGGCCUUGCAGUUUUGUCUGUUAUCAAAGCCGGAUUUUUGGUAACAGCUCGAGGAGGCAGCGGCAUUGUAUUAGCACGUCUUCCUAAUGGAGGUUGGUCUUCUCCUUCUGCAAUAGGGAUAGCUGGCCUUGGUGGUGGAUUUGAAAUUGGAAUUGAGGUGUCAGAUUUAGUAAUAAUACUGAACCAUGAAAGAGCAGUUGAAGCUUUUGCAAAAGGUGGCAAUCUUACACUUGGAGGAAAUUUUACAGUGGCAAUUGGGCCUUUGGGAAGAAAUUUAGAAGGUGAUGUUGCCGUACGAAGCUCGGCUGCUGUCUAUACAUACUGCAAAUCGCGAGGGUUGUUUGCAGGGGUAUCUUUAGAAGGAACAUGUUUAAUUGAAAGGAAAGAAACUAAUCGCAAAUUUUAUGGUCAAGAUAUUCGAGCUAGUGCCAUUUUAUUUGGUGAUGUACCUCGUCUUACUCAAUCAGAAGAUCUGCAUGAAAUUCUGGAUUCCUUUACUGAACAAUAUGAAAAUGAGGAGCAGAAAAACAAUGCAAGAAAAGCAGCAAGGGAACAAAGGAAGGCUAAUGUUCCACCUGUUAAACCAUCGUCAAGGCCACAGUCACGUAAGCCACCUGUGUGUGCUGCACCAGCAGAUGUAAAAAAUCCACACAAACUUUAUCCUGAACUUCCCAAUUACCAUGCCACUGAGGGAAGUAGAGCCUGCAGUUCAGAAGGGGGAGAUAAUGUUACAAGCAGCAGCAAUAACUUCCUGGAGCAGUUCCACUGUGAAAUAUACCAGUUUUUGAAGAGAACAUGCGAUGAUGAAGGUUGACAAACUGCAUUCUUCAGCAUUAUGGAAGAGUUUGAUCCCAAGGCUACUGAAAUCAAUAGAAGUCUUUCCAUGGUGCUCAUCUGGAUUUGGAUCAGGCCCUAACUGCCCACAGUCAAUAUUCUGGAGUUUUAUUUCAUUGAUCACUACAAAGGAAGGCAAAUAUUACAGAGAGGCAAAACUGUUUAAUACAGUAAUAGACAAACCUUGUGAGAUAUCAAAUGCAUUGAUAUUCUAAUGAUUGUAGAGAGUUGAAGCCACUAAACUCUGUCCAAUCUUGCUUUUAAUUGUGUGGUUUUAUUUUAUCUCUAUGUACGGUAUAUACAUUAUUUAUCACUAAUUUUUAGAAUUGGUUGGUUCAUGUCACAGAUUGUUUAAUUUAGGUCAAAUAGGACAGAUGUUUGGUUAGCGAAUCUUUCUGUGUGAAUCCAGAUUUAGGUGCAGGAUACUAGUUAUUGUCCUCUGUAAAGUUUUGGCCCUGAAUUAUGCAGCGGGGGGGCAGU